AUGGCGCACUCCUUCUCGCCAAAAGCCAUAAGGAAGGCUCAAGUAAUGCUUUCCGGUAUGGAAUCUAAGAGGGAGCACAAUUUAUCUUUAAAUUUAGAAAAUGAAUCAUUAUCUGAAAGAUAUGAUCAUCUAAAUUUACAAAAUAAAGAAUUAGGUGAAAAACUUUCUAUUAUCAAUGCAGAUAUAGGAACCAAAACUACAGAAAGGCAAAUAAAACAGACUAAACUUAAAAAAACAGAAAAAGAAAUUAACGAAUUAGUUGAAAAUGUUCACAAAAAUGCAUUAAAUCUAACUAACAACGUAUUGUUCGCCAAACUAUCCCAUAAUUUGAAUACAAAUAAAGCAUAUAGAAAAGAUUUAUUACGAAUUGUUCAUUUUUUUGGAAAUUUGAAUGAUAAAAGUAUAUCAUUCGAUUUUCAACGCGAAAACAUACCACUUUCGAUCCAAUUUUUCAAAGAUUUUAACGAAAAUACAUCGAAAAUUUUAGAAAAUUCCAAAUCUAAAGAUUUAAUUACAUUUUCUAACUUCGUUGAUUCUUUAACUAAGCAAAUAGAAAGCGAAAACAAAGAAUUAUCAGUUUUAAUACUUCAAAACAAGAAAUUUAAUUCGUUAUUACAAACAAACAUUAAAAAACCAAAUAUUGAAUCUCCAGAUAAACUUACAGAUACUUUAGAUCAUAUUGAAAUAGAUAACAAAACAAAGUUCUCUAUUGUCCAAGAGAUCAAGAAAUAUACAACGAAAAUUACGAAUAGAGUAGCCAAAUCUACAUCGAUAUAUGAUGGUGUCAUUGUAUCGGUUGGAACUAACACAGAUGAAACUCUUUUUGAUACUCCUCCUUUGAUUAAAGUUCCUAUUUUGCCUUUGGAGAAGCAGAAGCACUUAGAAAAUCUUCAGGAAACAUAUAAAGCAAAGAAAGAUCAAUUAGAACAUACAGAAUCGAUAAUUUACAAAAAUAAUCCAAUUUUUAAGUUGGAAUCAACAGUAAAUGCUGAUGUAAGCCAAGAAAAAGAACUGAAGAUCGACAGAAUAUACAAAUUUGAAGCAGGAACGCAGACUGAUGUAAGUUUUCGUGAAUAUGAUUUUUAUUCUUCUCAUAUUAAGCAGCAAGAAGAAGAAAUGUCGACAUUUUCAACGAUCAAUGAGAAAUAUAAAGAGAGCCAAGAUGUUUUAAACGAAGUUCAUAAGAAAAUUGAAGAAGAAUCAAAUAAAUCAGCAAAACUUGACAAAAACAUCCAAAAAGUUACUGAUUUACUCAAUACUAUCCAAUACAACAUCGAUGCCGAGAGACAGGUCAACAACGAGCAGAACAAAAUGAAUGACUUCCUUCGUUCAUCGGCGAAAAAAUUGAAAGCACAGCUAAAAUUACGAGAAAAAGUUUACAACAUAAUUGAAGACCAAAUAGAGGUCCAUCAGGCACAGAUAAUGAAUCUCCAGCAGCAAAAUAAAAAACUGCAGGAUGAGCUCAAUCUCCUGAUCCAACAGGAAGACGUAAAAUCAGGAAAUAUAACAAAUUCCGCCCAUAAAGUUGUUCAAAGAAAUUUUCAUGCCAAUCAAAAAGUGACAACUUUACAAAACCAAUUGAAAGAAAUUGAGAAAAGUUACAAAGAGUUUGUUAAAGGUGAUCAGUACAAUAACAUCAUUGAUCUUUUGAUGAAGAAAAAUUCUUUGGAGAGAAGAAGCUACAGAUGGCUUAUUCUUUCUAAACAGAAGUCUCAAUCCUUCUUAGCUCUCGAAGCAUCUUCAAAGCUAAUAAUAGAAAGAAGAACAAGCCUGAAAGAUCUUUAUGAAACUCGUUAUCGAGAUAAAUUUGUUCGAAAUAUUGGCUUAAGAAGGUUAGAAUGGUAUUCUAACUUACUAGAAUUGUUAAUUAACCAUGUAACAAAAGAAUAA